AUGGCAGACAAGGAUAGCGUGGAGAAAUACCUGGAGAACAACCCGCAGUUCGCCAAAGAAUACUUUGAUAAGAAGUUGCGUGCUGAAGCCCUGUCCGCCGCCUUUUCUGCUCCUCUCGACGUCAAAGACACUGCCUCCUUCAAGGAUGUUAACUCUGUGCAAGAGGCCGCCAUCAUCUUCGAGCUGGUCCAGGAGCUGCAAAAACAGGGUGCUGAGAUGGAGAAGUCCCUACACAAAGUGUUGCAGAGGGUCGCCAUGAUUUUACAGGCCGACAGGGUCAGCUUUUACCUGUGCAGGUCGAGAAAUGGAACACCUGAGCUUGCAACUUGCCUCUUUGACGUGACUCCGACGUCUAAAUACGAGACAAACCUGGUCAACCCGCAGGGGGAAAUUGUGUUCCCUUUUGAUAUGGGUAUCGUCGGGCACACAGCACAGUCCAAAAAGCCACAAAAUGUUCCCGACGUCUCAGCGAAUAAAAAGUUCUGCGACUUUGUGGACAAACAGACUGGAUACAAGACGAAAUGCAUGCUCACUUUCCCUCUGGUGGCUGACAAAGAGUGCAUAGGCGUUGUGAUGGCACUAAACAAGAUAGGAGCUCCUGCAUUCACUGCAGAGGAUGAGGCACUCUUCCACAAGUACAUGAACUUUGCUCAAGUCAUCACCCUGCAGCAUUACACAGCCUACAUGUUCAAUGUGGAGUCCAGAAGGAGUCAGGUGCUUCUUUGGUCAGCCAGUAAAGUAUUUGAGGAGUUAACAGAUAUUGAAAGACAGUUCCACAAAGCGCUCUACACUGUAAGAACUUAUCUACAAUGUGACCGAUACUCAGUGGGUCUACUGGACAUGACUAAAGAGAAGGAAUUCUAUGAUGAAUGGCCCGUGAAACUUGGAGAUGUGGAACCUUAUAAAGGACCAAAAACACCAGACGGCAGGGAAGUUAACUUUUACAAGAUUAUUGACUACCUUCUGGAAGGAAAAGAAGAAAUUAAAGUCAUACCGGGUCCACCAGCAGACCACUGGGCUCUAGUUAGUGGACUUCCCACCUAUGUUGCAGAGAAUGGCUUUAUUUGCAACAUGAUGAAUGUGGCUUCAGAUGAUUACUUCACCUUCCAGAAAGAGGCAGUGGAUGAGACAGGUUUCAUCCUCAAAAAUGUUUUGUCGCUGCCCAUCGUCAACAAGAAGGAAGAAAUUGUGGGUGUCGCCACUUUCUUUAACAGGAAAGAUGGCAAACCAUUUGAUGAGCAUGACGAGCAGAUCACUGAGGCCCUGACACAGUUCUUGGGGUGGUCGGUGUUAAACUGUGACACCUAUGACAGGCUGAACCGCAUGGAAUACAGGAAAGAUAUCGCCCAGGAGAUGCUCAUGUACCAGACCAGAUGCACCCCUGAGGAACUGCAGUCCAUCCUGAACACCAAAGAGAAGUUUGAUGCUGAGCCUGAAGACUGUGACCAGAAAGAAAUGUACAAACUGUUGAAAGCAACAUGCCCACCAGCGGAUAAUGUCAAUGGCGAGAGCCUUUACUUGUUCUCCUUCAGUGACUUCCCUGUCACAGAGUUUGACCUCAUCAAAGCUGGCAUCCGCAUGUUCUUUGAGCUUGGAGUCGUUGAAAAGUUUAAAGUUCCAGCAGAGACACUGACCAGAUGGAUGUACACAGUGAGGAAGGGUUACCGUGCCAUCACCUACCACAACUGGAGGCAUGGCUUCAAUGUGGGCCACACAAUGUUCUGCCUGCUGCAGACAGGAAGGCUAAGGAAGUACUACUCUGAUCUAGAUGCCUUCGCCAUGGUGUCUGCUGCUUUCUGUCACGAUAUCGACCACAGAGGGACCAACAAUCUCUACCAGACAAAGAGUGCGCAUCCUCUGGCUAAACUUCAUGGCACAUCAAUCAUGGAGAGGCACCAUUUGGAAUACAGCAAGACGCUCAUGGCUGAGGAGAGCCUGAACAUUUUCUGCAACCUGCAAAAGCGCCAGUUUGAGACCGUCCAGCAUCUGUUUGAUGUCUGCAUCAUUGCCACUGAUCUGGCCCUUUACUUCAAAAAGAGAACCAUGUUCCAGAAUAUUGUGAAUGCCACAGAGCCAAUGACUGAUGAAAAAGAGGCCACUGCUUACAUUUCUAACAACCCUAUUAGGAAGGAAAUUGUCAUGGCCAUGAUGAUGACAGGUUGUGACUUGUCUGCUAUCACCAAACCCUGGGAGGUUCAGAGCAAGGUAGCUCUGAUGGUCGCAGCUGAAUUCUGGGAACAGGGAGACUUGGAGAGAAAUGUGCUGGACCAACAGCCAAUUCCAAUGAUGGACAGGAACUGUGCUGAACAGCUACCUAAGAUGCAGUGCGGUUUCAUUGACUUUGUGUGCUCAUUUGUAUAUAAGGAGUUCUCAAGGUUCCACAAAGAAAUCCAGCCCAUGUUUGACGGUCUGAACAACAACCGGGCACAUUGGAAUGAGCUGGCUGAGGUGUACAAUGCAAAGAUGAAGGCCAUUGAGGACGAGAAGAAGAAACUAGAAGAAGAGGAAGCAAGGAAAUCUGGUGAUGGUGGGAAGUCAAAGACCUGUACCAUCUGCUAAGUUCCCGCGGUGCUUGGAUCUGGACUAAUGCGGUUGGGUU